AUGCGAAAGCUUUUGACAGCAGUGAUCCUCUGUGUUAUUUUCAUGACCGUUGAACUAGUUGGUGGUAUCAAAGCCAACAGUCUUGCAAUAUUGACUGAUGCAACACAUCUACUCUCUGAUGUUGCAGCCUUUGCCAUCUCCUUGUUUUCUUUAUGGGCUGCCAGGUGGGAGGCUACUCCUCGUCAAUCGUACGAGUUUUAUAGAAUAGAGAUUCUCGGUGCUUUGGUUUCUAUAAAAUUGAUAUGGCUGCUUGCCGGGAUUAUUGUAUACGAAGCCAUAGAUAGACUCAUUACUGGUUCUAAAAAUAUGGACGGGUUCAUAUUGUUUCUAGUCACUGCAUUUGGUCUUAUGGUUAACAUAAUCAUGGCUGUGUUAUUACGUCACGACCACAGUCACGGUCACAGUCAUGGCCAUGACCACAGACACAGUCAUCAUGGCCACAGUAACGGGAUUACAGUUUCUACUCAUGAUCUUACAAAAGAUGAGCACCAUCAUCAUACUCACGGCAACCACACUCACCAUGAUGAAGAAAAUCAUUCAGAAGAUCAACCCAAUCAUACUCACGAAGACCACAUUCACCAUCACAUCGAUGGAGGUGUUACUGAGCCACUUCUUGCCGAAUCAAAAGACAAGUCCAAGAAGAAGCGAAACAUAAAUGUGCGAGGUGCUUAUCUCCAUGUACUUGGUGACUCCAUCCAAAGUAUCGGAGUAAUGAUUGGAGGAGCAGUGAUAUGGUACAAACCAGAAUGGAAAAUAGUUGAUUUAAUUUGCACUCUAAUCUUUUCUAUAAUUAUUUUGGCCCUAACUAUCAACAUGCUGCGAAAACGUUUUGGAAGUCCUGAUGGAGAGCACUCCGCCUGA